AAUUUUUUCAUGCGGUCAGGAGCCAACAAUAGUGUUGAUGACUUCUAUUUGGCUUCCCUCUGUCUAAUUGUCUUUCUUCCCGAUUCUUAAUUACCAUUUCAGGUUUUAAAUUUCCCAAUAUUUAUAUUUCAUCUCUCUUAUACGACCUCCCUCUAUGGCUGUAGGCUUGGUGACAUGCUUCUUGUUUGCAGCUUUCCUACAAUGUGUAUCGGUUAUGGCAAAGCAAACCUACAUAGUUCACAUGAAUCACCGUAUGAAGCCUUCAUCUUAUGCCACCCACAGCGAGUGGUACUCCGCUAGCCUUCAGUCCCUUUCCUCCUCCGUCACCGACCCCCAUCUCCUCUACACCUAUGAAACCGUCUACCAUGGAUUUGCUGCUUCUCUGAGUCCAGAUCAGGUUGAAGCCCUCCGUCAAUCGGACUCCGUUCUCGGUAUCUACGAGGAAACCAUUUACUCCCUCCACACCACGCGUACUCCGGAGUUUCUAGGCCUCGACGCAUUUGAUAAAACUCCACGCGGUGAAAGGAUUAAUCAAGCCUCUCAAGACAUGAUCAUUGGGAUUCUUGAUACUGGGGUGUGGCCUGAGUCUAAGAGCUUUGAUGACAAUGGCAUGUCUCCGGUCCCUAAAAAGUGGCGCGGUGUGUGUCAGACUAGCCUCGAUUUUAAUUCUUCCUCCUGCAACAACAAGCUGAUCGGCGCCCGCGCCUUCUUCAAAGGAUACCUCGCGGCCGCCAGAGGCCAAACCACCGAGAAGCUGACACCUCGAGAUGUCGAGGGCCAUGGCACUCACACGUCAAGCACAGCCGGUGGGUCGACUGUUUCAAAUGUCGGCUUUAAUGGGUACGCCAGAGGGUCGGCACGUGGAAUGGCCCCAAAUGUGCGGGUCGCCGCGUACAAGGUGUGCUGGGCUCAAGGAUGCUUCAGCUCUGACAUACUCGCUGCCAUGGAACGUGCCAUAAUGGAUGGCGUCGACGUGCUUUCGCUUUCUUUGGGUGGUGGGUUGCAACCGUAUUACCGAGAUAGUGUCGCCAUUGGAGCAUUCGUAGCGGUGCAGAUGGGCAUUUUCGUCGCUUGUUCGGCCGGAAACGCCGGACCUCAGAAAGCUUCAUUAUCGAAUGUGGCCCCCUGGAUCAUGACAGUCGGAGCUGGAACUUUGGAUCGAGAUUUUCCGGCUUACAUCACACUUGGAAACAGGAAAAUGUUAAAAGGCGCUUCAAUUUACAGCGGCAAAGGAAUGGGCCUAAAAAUGGCGACUAUUGUUUACGGAAACCCACACAAUGACACUGCAUAUCUUUGCCUUCCUGGUUCACUCAACCCAGAAAGCACAAGCGGGAAGGUUGUGGUGUGCGAUCGGGGACAAAACCCGCGUAUAGAAAAAGGUGAGGUUGUGCGCGAUGCAGGCGGGGUGGGGAUGAUUCUAGCAAACACGGCGGAGAGUGGCGGGGAAGAGCUAGUGGCAGACCCCCAUUUUUUGCCGGCUGUGGCUGUGGGGGAGAAGUAUGGUGAUGAAAUCAGAAAGUAUGCUAAGAUGUCGAACCAGGCAACAGCUUUGCUGAGCUUUGGAGGGACAGAGUUGGAUGUGCGCCCGGCACCGACUGUGGCGGCAUUCAGUUCGAGAGGGCCGAACAGCCUCAAUCCUCAGAUCCUGAAGCCAGAUGUAAUUGCGCCUGGUGUUAAUAUUUUGGCCGCUUGGAGCAUGGCAAUUGGGCCUAGCGGUUUGAAGGGUGACACGAGGAAAACUGAGUUCAACAUCAUUUCAGGUACAUCGAUGUCUUGCCCACACGUUGCUGGACUGGCAGCAUUGCUUCGAGCGGCCCAUCCAAAGUGGAGCCCAAGUGCCAUUAAAUCAGCCUUGAUGACUACUGCAUGUACAGUUGACAACACACAAGCUCCUCUCCGGGAUGCCGCCAAUGGUUCAAUUUCCACGCCAUUGGUCCAUGGCUCUGGCCAUGUUGACAUCCAAAAAGCAUUCUCGCCGGGCCUAGUGUACGACCUCCGUCCUAGUGACUAUAUUACAUUUGUAUGCUCGUUGGGCUACUCUAUAUCUCAGGUAAAGGCCAUUGUCCGGCGUUCGGAUGUCACCUGUUCUAAAAAAUACACCGACCUAGGUCAACUCAACUAUCCAUCAUUUUCGAUCGUGUUCGGGAAGAAAAGAUUUUUUCGACACACUCGAGAGUUGACGAACGUUGGAAUUCCAAAAUCCACCUAUCAUAUUUCUGUAAAUGGGCCAUCCACGGUCAGCGUGACAGUGACGCCCACAACACUCGAGUUCACAGAGGCAGGGGAAAAGCUCAAGUAUAGAGUGACAUUUGCAUCCGAGAAGGGUCAAAAUCUAACUGGUAGCUAUGCGUUCGGCUCAAUUGUGUUGAGUAAUGCCAUAUACAAAGUUACAAGCCCAAUUGCGUAUACGUGGACAGAGUAGUAAGAUUGUAUUGGCUUUCGACUCUUUUCAGCUUUCUGUUUACUGUUUUUUCUUAGUUGCAGAUUCCUCUGCUAUUUCUGGUUAUGUUUUUGUGCUAGUUCACCAAACAGAAUAAGUAAAAGAACAAUAAAUUCAAAGUUCAAA